GACUUCGAGAGAUUCCAUGGGUUUCUUUCAUCGGAAGAUUUAUCUUUUGUCAGGGAUUUCGGAGGCUCAAUCAUUUCACUGGAGAUCUCGACUGUCUUUCGCUUGUUUUAGGCUUUGCCCUUUACCAUUACAUAAAAUUGUUUCUCAAAACAACUUUAGAUUGGAUCCAAUAUCUGUUAAAAGAAUUACAACAAUUAUUAAUAAUGUAAAAGAUGAAAAAGAUCAAGAUCUUAUAUAUAAAGGACAUCAUGACCUUAAAUCAUUUCUUGCUCUCAAAGAUGUUAAUAAAAAUACUCCAGUAUAUCGCGGUACUUUAUAUGAAUAUCAGACAAUAGCAUGCCUUAAAACGACACUUGGAAUUGUCACAAGGCGAGUAGGUAAAGCUAACGAUGGGGGAAUAGAUUUCCGAGGACAGUGGAUAUUACCGGAUAAAAGACUAUAUAUCGUUGGUCAAUGCAAAGCCUUAGCCAAAAAAUGUUCUCCAAACAUAAUUCGAGAGCUUGAAGGUGUAGUUUGUCAAGAAACUGAAGGAACAUUAUGCAUUUUGUCAUCAAUGAAUGGAUUUACUGAAGGUGCUAUUAAAAGAUAUAUUGCAUCACCCUUCCCUAUUAUGCUAAUAACGGUUACAGAUCAUGGAAGAAAGUUAGGGAGUAUUUCAUGGAAUAAAACAGCCGAAGAAUACUUGAAAGGAUUUCAAGUAACAUUAAAAUAUGAUCUUUUGAAUUCAAAGCCUCUUGUUUUACAUAAUGGAAAACCUUUUAUUUUUGAUGAAGAAUAA